UAUGGAUCCAUUGAUAUGAGAAAUAAAACAGCUGAGGAAGCUUAUCUGGAAAUGUUGAAGCCUGGAGAAAACAUCAAAAUAAGGACUCAAUACAGAUUAGAAGAGUUUAAUAAGAUAAAAGAACUUCCUGGAGAUGGAUUCUAUAUCAGAGCACUUUAUGACCGUCUGGCUGAGGUGGAACAGGAUUUAAGCUUUAAGAAGGAUGACAUUUUAUAUGUUGAUGACACUCUACCACAGGGGAACUUUGGUUGCUGGAUGGCUUGGCAACUAGACGAGAAUGCUCAGAAGCUGGAAAGAGGACAGAUUCCAAGUAAAUAUAUGAUGGAUCAGGAGUUCUACAGGAGACACAGCAUGUCUGAGGCUAAAGAUGAAAACAGCUCAUCUAAGACGCUGUCAGCAGCAGCACGAAGGUCAUUCUUCAGAAGAAAGAAUAAACACAAGCGAAGUGGUUCCAAAGAUGGAAAGGAUUUACUGGCUCUUGAUACAAUCAGUACAGAUUCAAUCCCUUUCUUGGAUGAUUCUGCAAGUCUGGCAUAUCAGCGGGUACAGAAAGUGGACUGUACCUCUCCUAGGCCUGUGCUUAUUCUAGGACCUUUACUUGAUGCUGUGAAAGACAUGUUGGUCAAAGAAUCCCCUGGAAAAUUUUGCAGAUGUCCUCUUGAGGUUAUGAAAGCUUCCCAACAAGCCAUUGAACGGGGUGUGAAGGAUUGUCUGUUUAUUGAUUAUAAACGGAGGAGUGGACAUUUUGAUGUGACAACGGUAGCUUCAAUAAAAGAGAUAACAGAAAAGGAUUGUCAUUGUCUGCUUGACAUCGCUCCUCAUGCCAUCGAACGGCUCCACAGUGUUCAUAUCUACCCUAUUGUAAUUUUUAUUCGCUACAAAAAUGCUAAACAAAUCAAAGAGCAAAAAGACCCAAUCUUCCUGAGGGACAAAGUUACACAAAAACAUUCCAAAGAACAGUUUGAGACAGCUCAAAAAAUAGAACAAGAGUAUAGCAAGUACUUUACAGGCAUUGUCCAGGGAGGAGCCCUUUCAAGCAUUUGCACUCAGAUUAUGACAACUGUCGAUCAAGAACAAAACAAAGUCCUGUGGAUCCCAGCCGGCCCGCUGUAGAUUUAGUUCGCUGUGAAAGUACUCUGCAGAUGUAAAUAACCAACUAACUUUCUAUCCAGUGGACUUUGUCCAUUUCUGUCUUUAUAAAGAUAUUCGUAAGCGAUUUCUGUUUCAUGAAGGGGAAUGAUAACACUGAACACACAAGGACCUGACAAGGCGUGUGGGAAGGGGUAGAUCACUUCAUCGAGCUUGUUUCUUACGUCGUACAUGUACACGUGACAGGCUGUCACGAUGGCUUGUGACCUGCGUGUACUUGUCCAUGAGUAAAGAAUUUAACAAUGCUGCAAAACCCAGUAGAAUGACAAGUUUACAAAAACCUUUUCAAAGUAUUUGGUUGUUGCUGUUUACUUGAAUGUCUUUGUUUUUGUGUUUGUUUUUUUUUUUUUUAACUAUGUGUCCUUUCACUUAAUGAGGUAACUCUCCAAAACGGAGUGAAAUUGAUUAAUAUGAGCGAAUGGUUUAUGUACAAUGUGACUCUUAGCUGCAAUUUUGACCAUUUCUAAGUACGUUGUUGACUUAACAACCAGAUAAUAAUGUGGGAGUGAAUCGGUACGUCUUGGGAGUAAGCUCAGAAGGAAAUACACUCCUCUACAGGGCAGACCACUGUUCUUAUCCUGUCAAUGCUUGUCUGUCAAAGAUAUCGUUUCUUGUUUAUGCAUGAAUCUUAUAUUUAAACAUCAUAAUAUAUCUGAACAAUCCAAGCUUAAUGUGUGUUGAGAAAUA